AUGAUUGGGCUGGAUCCCAAGGAAACGGGCACUGACGCGGAGAAGGACCAAGCCGACUUGAAGGGGUCACAUGUAGCUCCAGACAAGCUGUCCACGCCCCAGACCUUCGUCCGCCACAUCAUGUCAUCAGUCACCAACUGGCUCUCUCGAGUAGGACCCAUGGACCUCCGAGUAAAGAAGGCUGAACACAAGAUUGUCAAGGAGGACAGAGACAUCACUCUGGACGGUUGGGCUAAGCUGGACAUCUUUCUCGAGAAGUCACUUUCACAGAACGUCGCAUCGAAGAUGACGCUGGAGAGUAAACUUGCAUGGCAGGAGCGCAAGGAACAGCUGCUGAGCGACACGACUGCCAAGGUGACCAAGAAAACAGUCUUCAUUGACCGCAAGGUCGCCUUGACUGAGAGCAUCCUCACCGCUGUCCAAGUUAAUUCUGAUCGUAUCACUGCACUUACCUUCUCCGAGGCCAACAUCCCCGUUGAUGAAGCCAUCGUCCUUGCUACGGAUGAUCCUGACAUCGCUGCUCGAGGCAAAGUGCAGAAUGCCAUUGUCGACACGUUCACCAAGACUACUGUCCCUGAUACAGACGACGGUACUGAGUCUGGCGAGAGCGAUGAGAAGUUUCAGUAUAUGGUGGAGGACAUCGUUGCCGCCAUUGAGGGUAACGAUCCAGUAUAG